AUUUUGAACUUUGUCACUUAACAGAAUUAGGUUAGGUCUGACUUACAUUAGUCUUCAAAUCAAUUAAUUAAUUAAUAAACGAAAAUUUCAAUUUAAUCGAAAUGGUUGAUAGUGCUAUAGAAUAUUUUGUCUGUGGGGGCUUUGGAGGAAUAUGUACAGUUAUCGUGGGUCACCCCUUGGACACAGUCAAGGUCCGGUUACAGACUAUGCCAGUUCCGAAACCUGGAGAACAAGCAUUGUAUAAAGGCACAUUCGAUUGUUUCAGCAAGACAAUACGUAAUGAAGGUUUCAAAGGUUUAUAUAAAGGAAUGGGAGCCCCUCUGGCUGGAGUUGCUCCAAUUUUUGCCAUAUCAUUUAUGGGCUAUGGUGUUGGUAAAAAAAUAUUUGGCCCGUCUGAUGACUCCAAUGAAAGAUUUACCUACACACAAUAUUUCACUGCUGGUGCUUUCUCAGGCAUUUUUACAACUUUGAUUAUGGCACCUGGUGAACGUAUUAAAUGUUUAUUACAAAUUCAGCAAGGUGCUAAUACACCUAAGGUGUAUGAUGGUCCAGUUGAUGUAGUUAAAAAGCUUUAUAAGCAAGGAGGAUUAAAAAGUAUUUAUCGUGGGUCAGCUGCCACACUUCUUAGAGAUGUUCCUGCUAGUGGUAUGUACUUCUUAACAUAUGAGGCUAUCAAAGACUAUGUUACUGAUUAUGGUAAACACGAACCAAGCAUAUUAGGAACUAUUUGUGCCGGAGGUUCAGCUGGAAUAGCUAAUUGGUUGAUAGGAAUGCCACCAGAUGUUCUCAAGAGCAGGCUUCAAACAGCCCCUGAAGGCACCUAUCCAAAUGGUAUCAGAGAUGUGUUCAAAGUAUUAAUCAAGACUGAAGGAGUUGGAGCACUUUAUAAAGGACUAACUCCUGUUUUAUUAAGAGCAUUCCCUGCGAAUGCAGCUUGUUUUGUUGGUUUUGAAAUGUGUCGAAGAUUUUUACAUUACCUGUUUCCCAAAGACAGUCAGCCAAUAGUUACUGAAGCGGAUGCUAAUAAAUGAAAAUAUUGAUUUUAGUAUUGAAGGUGUUUGUUUUAUACAUGAAUAUAUAUUUUAUAAUUCUGGAAAUAUAUUUCUACAAUAAGG